AUGUCGCCUACACGUGAGAAUCAGCCUCCUUUUGGUCGCAAGGAUCUUUUCAUCACCGCUUCUCAGAAUGGCAGACCUGCAUUCGGGCGCAAAAAGUCAAAGUCACGCAAGAAUUCGGACUUGAACAUUCUGGGCGAGAUCUUCGGCAUUUCACAGCCCGCUACACCAGGGAAGAUGUCCCAUCGGCCCCGUCGUCUGAACAGUACCAAAGACGCAGAUCCAGAUGUCUUGACGAAUGAAGACAGUGAGACUUGUUUCGAGGGAAAUGCUCCAGGGGUCGAGCAGCCACCGCCAACAGCACCCGGUGCUAACACGCUGCGUCAGAAGAGCAAGAGGCAGCACCAAAAUGCUAAUGGGAAGGCGAGCCAGCGGCCUUACAUUGUGAGAGAGCAUGUGUCGCGACCGCCCACGCCGUUCCUCUCACACGCCCGGCACUCUACGACACAUCAACUUCAGCACGAGGAUAGUCUCUUCAACAUUUCCGUAACACCUGCUUUGCAUCCCUCCCUGGGCAAGCCCAUCCCGCCUUUCACGGCCCCCACAAAUGGUCUGCCACUCGGCCCUGUUCCUACUGCUUCACAGCUCCCUUUCAUUGCCGAGAGCCGUCCGCGGAAUAUCAGCGCGGCACCUCUACAAAAAGGCCCCAUUCAGUAUCCAGCCCACACCAGAUCCGCCGCCUCUUCGGUUCAGCAGCUUUUCCGUGACGACGAAGCCUUCGAGGAGUCCACAGAUGACCUCAAGUCGAUUCUCGAGCAUCAAGCCGAAGACGAAGUUGAGGAAGACCUAGCACAUGCUGAGUCGUUCACUUCCGACGAAGACACGAGUAGCCAGUGCUACAGCCCCAAUGAGGGAUACGAGUAUAUUGACGAUUCUGGUGACGAAGACUCGGAACCAUCAGGAAGCGCCGCCCAGUCCCGUCCGUACCAGGACUCAGGUCGGGAGCGUAGGGCAGAUGGUGCUAUGCACCAAGCUAAUCGAUUGUUCCUCCGUGGUACACGAGCAGCGGGUGUCUCACUAGCAAGCCAGCAUCGCGGACACAACCUGCAACUUCUCAACAAGUCCUCGGACGAUUUCUACCCGCCGUGCUCAUCGUCUCUCGUGGCACACAUGGGCCAUUCAUCGGAGAGUUUCGGCAUCAACAUGGAUCGCCUGCGGGAGCGCCUGGGGGGACGAUUCCAUCGCCGAAGUGCCUCCUCGCGCAUGGAUUGA